AUGACCAAGAUUAGCCUUUGCCUCCUUCUCCUCGUCGUCCUGGCGAUCGCCUCCAUCCAGGCGGACGGUGACCUGCGACGUCCUUGCCUUGGCCGCUGCACAGGACUCUCCUCCGGAAAGAGCGUGUGCAUCCGGAACAAGCAAACGAAUGUCUGCACCCGCCUGCCAGCCUGUCGUCUGAGGGAGAAGAACUGUCGCCGUCGUGACAAUGGAUUGGAACCCAUUCGUGAGACCUGCAUCACCCGCUGCAGGAACAUUCCCGGUUCGAGUGGCGUUGGACAAUGUGCCACCCGGCUGCGUCCUCGUCCCCAGAGCGAUGGAAAGCGCGUGAGGGAGUGCCAGAGGAGGAUCUGUCAUGACGACAAGCAGGCCAGUUGCUGGAGGGACCAGCAGGGCGCCUGCAUCGUGCAGACCCGCUGCGAGGCCCAGAGGAGGAACUGCGUCCGCCAAACCAAUCAGUGGGUGAGGGCCAGCCAGUGGAGCUGUAAGGGCAAUGUCGUCGGAGGUGGCAUCCGCCGCUGCCGCACGAGGCCCAUCAUCAUCAAGGACUAA